UCUUCCCAGAAAACCAUCAAAGAGACACGAGAUGAUGUUUUUAUUUAUUAUUUUUACUCAGUUUGAUUUAAUAAAAUAAUGUCCAGAAUUUUAUUUUGGAUGAUGGAAAAUGGACAGUAGAAUUUUUGUCUAUACAGGAAUUAUUGAUCUGUUAUUGAUCUAAUGAACUCAAAGUUUCAUUCAAUGAAUUUCCUCUAAUGUGCUGUCAUUACUAUUUUUCCAUCCUGAUAUUCCACCUUUAGUUCUCCAGAGAACUUGUGACUGAUAAAGUGAAAGAACAUUUGCUGUUGGAGGUGAUGUCACAGUUUACAGGGCUGAGUUUGUUCCGUAAGCAGAUUAAAGACAAAUGUUCUUAAUCCGUAAAGUUUGAAGAAAGCCGUGCGGAUUAUCUCUCUUUAAGUGGUUUAUAAGCAUAUAUAAAGACGCUGAAGACGUUUGUGGAUCAAAGCUCAGCUCCACCAUGGGGAAAUAUUUCCACCUGUAUGAGAAUGUCUCCAAAGUCAGCCCCUUCGAGGGCCCCCAGUAUUAUCUGGGCCCAAUGUGGGCUUUUCACCUGCAGACCCUGUUCAUGGGCUUCGUUUUCUUCGCUGGGACCCCUUUAAACUUUGUUGUUCUAGUGGCAGCGGCCAAAUACAAGAAGCUCAGAACCCCGCUGAACUACAUCCUCAUCAACAUCUCCUUCGCUGGCUUCAUCUUCGUCACCUUCUCCGUCAGCCAGGUGUUCGUCGCCUCUGCCCGGGGUUGGUACUUCCUGGGUUAUACCCUGUGUGCCAUGGAGGCCGCCAUGGGUUCCGUUGCAGGUCUGGUGACAGCCUGGUCUUUGGCCGUCCUUUCCUUCGAGCGCUACCUGGUCAUCUGUAAACCCUUCGGAGCCUUUAAGUUCGGAAACAACCACGCUCUGGCUGCUGUCAUCUUCACCUGGAUCAUAGGGAGCUUCUGCGCCUUCCCACCUUUCUUUGGCUGGAGCCGGUACAUCCCAGAAGGUCUGGGCUGCUCCUGUGGACCCGACUGGUACACGAAGAAUGAGGAGUUAAAGACUGAAAGCUACAUGUACUUCUUGUUGAUAACCUGCUUCUGCUGCCCUAUGACCAUCAUCGUCUUCUCCUACUCCCAGUUACUGGGAGCUCUCAGAGCUGUUGCAGCUCAGCAGGCAGAGUCGGAGUCCACCCAAAAGGCAGAGAAGGAAGUAUCGAGGAUGAUCAUCGUGAUGGUGGGCUCCUUCAUCACAUGCUAUGCUCCGUACGCCCUGACAGGUCUGUACUUUUCCUUUAACCAGGAUGAAAACAAAGACUUCAGACUGGUCACCAUCCCAGCUUACUUCUCCAAAAGCUCCUGUGUUUACAACCCGCUCAUCUACGUCUUCAUGAACAAACAGUUUAAUGGCUGCAUCAUGGAAAUGGUGUUUGGGAAGAAAAUGGAAGAAGCAUCUGAAGUGUCUUCAAAGACUGAGGUGUCCACAGCUUCCUAACGUUUGGACCAAAGACAUCAGGAAGGACAUUUGACUUUCCAAAAGGACUUGUAAAGAUCUGAUUUGGGAUGAUCUGCUGUAAACAAACAUAUUUCUGAACGUGUAAAUACAGUUUAUGAGAUUUCAGCUUUAACUGCUGAUGUUUAUUUUAUUGUAGAAGGAAUUUGUUUAGA